AUGGGCCUCACUGGCAUAAAACAGGAAAUCGGCAAAAAUGAUAUUUUCGAAAGAUAUAGCUACAUCCCGAAACUUCAGCGAAUAGUCGCGUAUCUCUGUCGCUAUGUUCACAACUUAAGGAAUAAAAAUAAUAAAAUUAUCGGUAAUCUCACAGAAGCGGAAGUGCACAAAUCCAUACAGCUCAUAAUUCAGCUUACGCAAUCUGCUAAAUUUUCAAAAGAAGCCUGCUACCUAAAACGUGAUCAGAAAAUGGAUAAUCAUACUCGUUUGAUUCCCUUAAAUCCAUUCUUAGAUAGUCAGAACAUUCUCAAGGUUGGCGGUAGACUUGCUUAUUCGGAAUUGCCCGUCGGACAAAAGCAUCCGAUUUUAUUGCCGUCCAAUCAUUGCAUCACUCGCCUUAUAUUUCGCGAGGAGCACUUACGACUCAACCACUCUGGAGCGCAAGCGACAUUGUAUUCGGUUCGCGAAAAAUAUUGGACGCUUGACUCACGUCACCUCACGCGAAAAAUAAUUCACCAAUGGAUUCGGUGCUUUCGCGUCAAACCUCGCGGUGCAGAUUACAUCAUGGGUAAUCUUCCACAAGAACGCGUUUCGGUUUCUCGGCCCUUCCUGAAUGUCGGUGUGGAUUUUUAUGACCUGUUUUACAUUAAGAAAAAAGCCCACCAAAAUCGCAAAAGAAUUAAAUCCUAUGUCGCGGUAUAUACUUGCACUGCCACAAAAGCCGUACAUCUCGAAUUAGUCAGCUCUUUGACAACAGAAGCCUUUAUCGGCAGUCUAAACAGAUUUUUUUCUAGAAGAGGAAACUCCAAAUCUAUCCAUUCUGAUAACGUAAAAAAUUCCUUAGAGCUAGUCGUGAGCUCAAGGAUCUUCAUGAAUUGUUUGAAUCGUCCGAGCAUUUUAAAAUAG